AUGGAGGCUCUGCAGAGACAGCAGGCAGCUCGGCUGGCGCAAGGGGUGGGGCCGUUGGCCCCCCCUCCACGCCCGUUGCUGCCACCGCGGCCUCCCCUGCCUGGCCCCAGAACCCUACAGGCCCCUGAGGGGACCUUGGGGAAUGUUGGGGCUGAGGAAGAGGAGGAUGCUGAAGAAGAUGAGGAGGGGGAGGAAGCCGGGGCAGAGGAGGAGGCUGCUGAGGAGAGCCGUCCAGGGGCCCGGGGUCCCAGCUCGCCUUCCAGCCAGGCUCCUGGACCCCAUCCCCACGAGUGGACCUACGAGGAACAGUUCAAGCAGCUGUAUGAGCUCGAUGCAGACCCCAAGAGGAAGGAAUUUCUGGACGACCUGUUUAGCUUCAUGCAAAAGAGGGGGACGCCAGUGAACCGUGUGCCCAUCAUGGCCAAGCAGGUGCUGGACCUGUAUGCGCUGUUUCGCCUGGUGACCGCUAAGGGCGGCCUGGUGGAAGUCAUCAAUCGCAAAGUGUGGCGGGAGGUCACGCGCGGCCUCAGCCUGCCCACCACCAUCACCUCGGCCGCCUUCACUUUACGCACUCAGUACAUGAAGUACCUGUACCCGUACGAGUGCGAGACGCGGGCGCUCAGCUCCCCUGGGGAGCUCCAGGCCGCCAUAGACAGCAAUCGGCGCGAGGGCCGUCGCCAAGCUUACACUGCUGCCCCGCUCUUCGGCUUGACGGGACCGCCCCCUCGAGGAACUCAGGGACCAGCCUUGGGUCCUGGCCCCGCCCCUCCCGCUCCCCCACCCGGCCCCGGCCCCGCCCAGGGCUCCGCCUCCGGCCUGCCGGCGCAUGCGUGCGCUCAGCUGAGCCCAAGCCCUAUCAAGAAAGAGGAGAGUGGAGUUCCAACCCCUCACCUGGCACUGCCUGUGGGCCUGGCCUUGGGACCUACACGGGAGAAGCUGGCACCAGAGGAGCCCCCAGAGAAGAGGGCUGUGCUGAUGGGGCCUAUGGACUCACCUCGACCUGGCAUGCUCCCCAGUUUUCUGCCCCGUGGCAAGGUUCCCCUGAGGGAAGAGCAGCUGGAUGGGCCUCUCAAUCUGGCAGGCAGUGGCAUCAGCAGUAUCAACAUGGCCCUAGAGAUCAACGGGGUGGUCUACACUGGUGUCCUCUUUGCCCGCCGCCAGCCUGUGCCAGCUUCCCAGGGCCCAACUGACCCUGCACCCCCACCCUCUACAGGGCCCCCUUCCAGCAUCUUUCCCUAA